AUGGAGUUUCUUUCAAGACAUUUAACUUCUGCUCAAGACAACAAAACUAUCCCUGGUAUUAAAGUGGCUGCUCUUGCUCCAACCAUUAAUCAUAUAUUUUUUGCAGAUGAUUGCUUGAUUUUCACUCAAGCAAACCUUUCUUCAGUCAACAACUUAUUGGAAGUUAUUCAUAAUUUCAGUACACAGUCAGGGCAGGUUAUGAAUUUUGAUAAAUUUGUUGUUCAUUUCAGCAAGAAGACAAAACCUGAAGUUGCUCAAACACUUACAAAUAUACUUAGAGUUAAAAAUAUGACUUCUAAGGAAAAAUAUUUGGGCUCUCCUCUUAUGGUUGGUCAUUCAAAACAAGAGGCUUUCAAGAGUAUCAAAGAAUGCUUUGAAACAAGAUUAUCCACAUGGUCUGCUGUUAAUAUUUCUCAGGCUGGCAAAGGUACCAUGAUCAAACAUGUUCUUAAUUCUAUACCAGUUUAUCAAAUGGGCACUUUUAAGCUACCCAACAAUCUCAUAAACCAGCUCACUUCAAUUGAAAGAAAGUUCUUUUGGGGUCACAAAACUAAUAGAGGAGCCAAUCUAAUUGCCUGGCAAAAUCUGUGUACUUCUAAAGAUUUGGGAGGGCUAGCUUUCAGAGAUUUGGAAAAACUCAAUUUAGCACUUCUUACCAAGUUAGCUUAG